AGCGAUUGGGCUCGUCUGGGCAGCUGGCGCGCCUCAAAGAAGCACCAAUUGACGUCGACGUCGAGAUGCCGGAUAACAACGAGCGGCCUCCUGCCACGCCCAGCAAAAUCGGUCGUACCACCAAGGCUGGUGAGAAGAGGGCUAACGUGAAGAAGGGUGGUGAGAAGAAGCCUGGCGAGAAGAAGACAAGCGGCAAUAAGCGUAAACGGACAGCCGAUGAUGAGUUGAGCCCUAAUACCCCUAAGCCCCAGCCUCAGCCUCGGUCUUGUCGAGCAGCUAACAAUAUGCCACCUACCAAGGACACAGAACUAGUUGAGCCCGGUGAUGAUGACCUGGCCGACCCUGACAAUACAGCUAGUGGAAAGGUCAAGAAGUCUACUGGUGGUGCAGGUCGAGGGGGGCGGGGUGGAGGCAGUAGAGGCAAUGGAGGCAUUAGAGGCAGCAGAGGCAAGGGCCGGUCCUAAAUAAUAAAUUAGUUAUGUGGCAGUGCGUAGGGACGGAUUUGGGUCGGGUCUGC